AUGGGCGUGAAAAGCAUAUACAUUCUCAACAAGGCUGGCGGGCUUAUAUUUCAGCGGGAUUUCGGCGACUCGUUGAGCAAGCUCGACUCAAAUGACUACCUUGUGAUCGCGGGGACGUUGCACUCUGUCCAUGCCAUCACCACGAGAAUCUCUCCGGUCGCUGGCUCGUCGGGGCUCACGGUGAUGGAAACGCCUUCGUUUUCUUUGCAUAUAUUCCAGUCCCAGACCGGAAUCAAGUUCAUGAUCCUCACCGACCGCCAGCAGUACGGCAUCGACAGCAUAGCCUCCCGAAUCCACCACCUGUACUCGGACUACGUGAUGAAAAACCCGUUUUACACGCUGGAAAUGCCUAUUCGCUGCGAAAAGUUCGACAGAUACCUGGGGGCGUAUAUUUCCACCGUCGCGUAA